CUAAGUAACGUGAAUUCAGCCCUGACGGGUGCUAGAGGCCUGGAUGGCUUCCAGCUUUCAACAUUAAAUUGCGCCCAGUGGAAGGGGGACGCUAGUGAAUUUAUAAAAAUGGAUAAAUAUGAUGAUCUAGGCCUGGAGGCGAGUAAGUUCAUAGAAGAUCUCAAUUUGUACGAAGCCUCCAAGGAUGGGCUCUUUCGGGUGGACAAAGCUGCUGGUAACAACCCGGAAUUUGAGGAAACUAGGAGAGUUUUUGCCACCAAAAUGGCUAAAAUCCAUCUCCAGCAACAACAGCAGCAGCAAGAAGAAGAGCUGAUGUUGGCUGGCUCUGGCUCUCUCAAUGGUGGGGCCAGUUUCAGUGCCCAGCAGCAACUUCCAAACCUUCCUGUGCAAAAACUAGCUGCAGGAGCCAGUAAGUUGCAUUCAGGAGAAAAUAUUGCCAAACCUCCUCUGGCCACAGCAUCAGUGUGUGCAGCUCACCAGCUUGCUUUUCCACACCAUCCGCAAGCUGUUCCUGAGGGGCAGCGAACAAAGUUAUACCAAGAUGGCAAAACAGCUGGCAAAGAAUAUGGCUGUAGUGAGAAUCUGGGGGAUUCAGAGGUCUCUGAAGGACAUGGGCUCCACAGAGAAGCCCAUAUGAAUCCCAGUGCUGCAGGGUCAUCUUUUCCUCCGUCUCUUCCCCAUGGGCAGCAUUAUACUGAGGAGAACCGGACUGGCAUCUCAUCUUGGGGAGGAGAUGCUGGUAAGUUUUCCAUCCCAAAAUCCAGCAUGGGGAGUUCACGGUCAAAUUAUAAUCAUAGUGAUCAGUUACCAAGGAGUCCUACAAAAACCCACGCUGAUCCUCACCCUUACCAGCAUCAGCAGUCACUGAACUCCUGCAGGUCUUCAGAAAGUGGGUAUGGAAGCCAGGAAAAUGGGAAUGAAAGCAAUAGGCUCAGUCGAGGCUAUGACCAAAACCCAGCCAGUCAGAGAUCUUCCUCUUUUGCACUUACGCUGACCCCCUUCUCCACUUGUCCAGGGUUUGAGGAUGAGACACCAGGGGGACUUCAGCAGCCGAGAUCUUCCUCCUUCUCAACCCCAUCAACAUUGCCUGCUCAAGGGUUUUCAGGUCAGUCUAAUCAAUUUAGCUCAAACCCUGAGAGUGAGGUCACCAGUCAUGACCACCCAUUACGGUACCAUGACAAUUCUAGCUCUUUCACUUCUUCAUCUCCUACUCCAUUGCCUCCAAGUGUAGAUUAUCAGCAAGAAACGGCUUACCCCAAGUCUCCUAGCCAUUUCAUCGUUCAUGGACAAAAUCACUGGCUUAAUUGUCCUGGCUCUGGGAUAAGUCCUGAGCAGAAUGCUAUCAGUGUAGCUUCACACAGGUCAAUGGUUUCUGAUGCUCCAAGUUCUCCAUUUAAAGAGAACAUAAGCAGUCUGCAGCAUGAUCCUGGACACCAGGAGAAUUCCAGUUCUACAAAAAUAAAAUUACCCUGUCAGACCCUCCUUCCACAACAGGAACAAGGGCCGUCUGCAGCUGAAUUAAAAUUAGAAGCACUUACCCAGCGUCUGGAGCAAGAGAUGGAUGCUCGUCCUAAGGCUGACUACUUUGGAACAUGUGUGAAGUGCAGCAAAGGUGUGUACGGAGCAAGCCAGGCUUGCCAAGCCAUGGGAAAUCUCUACCACGAUGGCUGCUUCACCUGUGGAGCAUGUAGUCGAAAACUGAGAGGAAAAGCCUUUUAUUUUGUUAAUGGAAAGGUGUUCUGUGAAGAAGAUUUCCUGUAUUCUGGUUUCCAGCAGUCAGCUGACAGGUGUUUCAUUUGUGGUCAUUUGAUAAUGGACAUGAUCCUGCAGGCUCUAGGGAAAUCAUACCAUCCAGGCUGCUUCCGUUGUGUGAUCUGUAACGAAUGUCUGGAUGGAGUGCCAUUCACUGUAGACACUGAGAACAAAAUCUACUGUGUCAGAGAUUACCACAAAGUUUUAGCUCCAAAAUGUGCAGCAUGUGGACAUCCCAUUUUGCCAAAUGAGGGGUCCGAUGAAACCAUUCGAGUUGUAUCCAUGGACAAGGAUUACCAUGUGGAAUGUUAUCGAUGUGAGGAUUGCGGGAUGGAACUCAAUGAUGAAGAUGGACAUCGCUGUUAUCCGCUAGAUGAACAUUUGCUUUGUCACACUUGUCACCUAAAGCAUAUAGAGAAAGGCACAACUCCAGCAGCCAUGUACCAGCAUCACUACUAAUCAGUACUGCUAAUUCCCAGAAGCCUGUCAGAGGACUUGUUACAAUGCACAUUUUCUCCCCAUAGAUUUCCCGUAUGCAUUUCCCCCAAUCAGUAAUUUACAGUCAGAGGAUACAAAGGUGCAAGCUACAUUUUUUUUUCAAGAUUUUUAUGUAUGUGAACUCCACUCGUAUCAAAAAUAUGUUUAUUCGAACAUAUGUUUUCUAGGCUGGACAGUUUAUUUUCACGUGCCUUUUUCUGAUCUCAAGACCUCUUUGCUUUCACUUGAGAAGAUUUUUUUUUUCAGUAAAAGCACAACCAUCUAUCACAUCAGUGAGCUUACAUCAUGCCAUGCACAGUUAACAAGCCAUUGACCUAUCUACCUGCCUGCUGUGAACAUUGUUUCCGUCUGCUAAGUGAUUCCUGACAAGCACGUUUUAAUACCGAUUCUUAAAAUCUUUUUUAAGUCUUUAGAAAAAGGGCUCUGUGCACAAAAGCACAUUCAGACCCUUUUUUGUUCCCAGAACACCGAUGCCAGAAACAGUUGUGACGCAGAAUAGCAAUUUGAGCACAAACAAAACAGGCACCUCUCUUGGCUGCUGAAUGUCCACAUUCCAACAGUGAGGGGUUUGUUUUUUUUAAACUGCAGGAAGAUAUAGAAAGACAUCUUGGCAGCUAUGGACCUGUGCUGCUGCUUUUGCAUUGGUAUCAGUUAGUUGUACAAGUCUGAGCAACAAAUUACAUUUGAAAAGAUCUGGAUGCUGCAAAUGUGUGCAUGAGGGCACCCCGCUGUUUUCUCUUGCAAAGGUCACUUCAGAAAAGAGCUCUGUGCAUACAGACAUUUCCUAGCCUUUCAUUUCGUUCCUGGAGCUCAGAUACCAACACUGCUGUGAAAAAGGUGAGAGUCAAGAAGGCUCAAUACUCACUUCUGCAGUGUUUAUCUAGCUCAUAUGUAUUUCAUAGUGGUGCUUAGUUAGCAUUCUGGGAUCAGCUUCAGGAACAUGAUGAGGGCUUUGCACAGAUUUAGAGCCUAACUCGGCCACCCUCAAUCGUGAGAGCGCCCAUUGACACACGUGGAUUUGCUCACAUGAAUGAUUACUCAAGAACAGGGGUUGCAGGAUUAGAGAGUCUUAUUUUUUUGUCUGUUUAGAAAGCAAAAAUGGCAGAUGGUUUUCCUUUUUAUACAUCCGUGCAUUUUAAUCAAAGAAAAUGGUGUGUGUGUGUGUGUGUGUGUGUGAGAGAGAUAUUAUUUUCAAUACACAUACCAUGCAUAUUGAAGCCUUGCAGAAACUGGUGUCCAAGGUACGUUUUUUCAAUUUAACAAAACAGCUGUUUUGACUGCUGUUUAGUGUCUGUUAACUGACCUUCCCAAAAUAUUCAAAGUAUAUUGAGGACUAAUUAAAUACUAACUAAAUCUUUUUGCAUCAGUGCUAAGCUAUUUAUUCAUCUCUGACCGUAGGGUAUACCGUUUCCUCAUAGAUCCACCAUGAAACAAUGCCGACUAAAUUAGCUAACCAGUGGUAACUACGUUCCAGGAAUGAGCCUGAGCAAAGCAGCACUACUCUUCAGCCAAACAUUUCCCCUAAUAACAGCUUUUUGUCACUAGCAAAGUGCUUGAAGUUAAAAAUCUAGGGUUGGAUUCUGCCACUCUUACUCACAUUGCAUAGUAUUUUACUCUGGGAGUAGUCCCACUGACAUGAGUGAAUUAACAAUUGUUACUCAGCUAAGGAGGUCAGAAUCUGGCUCUCAGUUGAUACUAUAAUGUGUAUAUUUCUUCUGCUCCUACCCUCGCAUUUUCCCCCUUAAAGCUGAUAAGAGCUUUCUACAAGUUGGACAGCACAUUCAACUUCACAUGGCAGAAUUAGGCGUGGCUGGGUUUUUUUCCAGCAAAUGUCAUGAGUUGAGGCAUUUUGGCCUAUAAACCAAUAGCUCUCUACCUCCUACCCAAAGUAACCCUCUGUCACUAUUUCCCAUGACAAUAGCAACUUCCAGGUGCAGCAGGCACUUAGUGGUGAGGACCGAUAGGGCUCUUUCCGAGCUAUUAAUAAUGCUGUUUUUCCUGCUAGAGAGGAUGCAAGAAUGCACUGCAGAUUGCUCCACUGUAGCCCAUGGCCUGGAGACAAGCAACUUUCACAUCUUCCCACUCUCCUUUCAUUCUCUUCCCCUCAUGCACAUGCGAUCUCUAAGGCUGUCUAAACCAGUGGAGGAAACUUUUGCUGUGUCUUUUAACACUUUAAAUACUAAUCUGCAUUAAUGACUUACUACUUACCCUCAUUUGCUACAGUGUGAGUAGAAAUAAACAACCCAGCAAUAUCAGGGUUUUUUAUGCUGAGAUCAUUCAGCCACAUGCAGAUUUAAUCAAUUGCACAAGAAAGCAGAGUCAGUGGAGAGUGUCUGCAGGGGAGAACUACGAUGUGAUUAGUGAUGGGCAGGUUUCCAGUCCUAUGCCUCAGUUUGUCUUCACUGCCCUGCUCUGGCCAGAAACUCUACACAGGUCUGGACUCUGAUUUUGGCCCAGGGCUCGGUCACAUCAGCAAACACCCAGCAAAGAACAGCAGACUGAUAUAUAUGACCCUCUGUUAGAUCAGUGGUUUUCAAACUACGGGUCGUGACCCAGUGCUCGGUCUCGUUGAUGCAGAGUGAUCAGGUGACCAGUGGGGGUGCAGAGGCAGGCUACUUGCCUGUCCUGGCACCACAGACUGCGCUGUGCCACAGAAAUGGCCAGCAACAGGAUUGGCUCCUAGACCAGCACUAGCUCCACACUCCCACUGGCUGGGAACCUGCUGCUGGCUGUGUCUGGGGGACAGCAUGAUCUGCGGUGCCAGGAGAGGCAGGAAGCUGCCUUAGCACCCCCACUGCACUGCUGCCUGGGAGCCACUUAAGAUAAGCCCCUCCUGACCCAGACUUGACACCCUCCACGCAAAACUAGAGCCCGUCCCAUAAUUCAGAGUUCUCAUCUUCAGCCCCACCUCAAAGCCCACACUCCUAUCAGAUUAUGUUGGGUUGUGGGCAUCAACAAUUUUCUUCAACUGAGUCAUGAGGGGGAAAAAAAAGUUUGAAAACUACCGUAUUAGAGGGAUGCCUUUGCACGUACUUCAUUGUGGCUGCUGGCCUUGGAC